CAGGAGAGCUAAAUAGUGAAAGUACCAAUUACGUAGCAGGAGUAAACAGAACAGGAGCAAAACGCUUUAUUCUUACUGUACCUUCCUCAGGAUUUGAGCACACAGAUGGCGGCUUCAAACAAGCAGCUGACGUCGUUUUUCAUAGCGGACAUUCUCUCCUUAAAAGAGGAUAAAAAAGACGAUUCGUGGAUAUCUGAAACCAGCUCGGCCGACAGCACUGAAAGGCAAACAGAUUCAGCGGACAUCUCCUCUGAGGAGAAAACGGAGUCGUUGACGGAGAUGACGGGCAGCGGAGUUGGUGGGAAAAAGAAGCGCUCGCGCGCCGCCUUCACUCACCUGCAGGUGAUCGAGCUCGAAAAGAAGUUCAGCCGCCAACGAUACCUGAGCGCGCCGGAACGCGCGCACCUUGCGAGCGCGCUGAACCUCACCGAGACACAGGUGAAAAUCUGGUUCCAAAACAGAAGAUAUAAAACUAAACGGAGGCAGUUAACAGAGCACAGCCAAGAGGACUACUUUCAUAAACCAGAAGGAACUGUUGUUGUAUCUGCUGCGGAAGAGGACUUUAUCAGAGCAUCACUUUUAGCCACAGUCUAUAAAUCCUACCCGUAUAGGCCUUACAUGUACGAUUUACGCGGACUUAGUGUAUGGAGGCCAGGACUGUGAUGAAAUGACAUUAACUUGGACUUUAUGAAUGUUCUUUUGUAAAAUAUUCGUUAUUAAGGUUUUAUCUUGUACAGCUUUGUAUUCUGUAUAAUAAAAUUAUAUUUUUCAAAUGUG